AGGGUAGCAGUCUCCCAACUUAUCCAUCACAGCUAAGCUCACUCAUUUCCUCAUCGUCGUGUCAAAAGCCAUGCUUUCCACGCAGAUUCCCACACUAAACCGGAGUAAACUAAUACGAACUCUUUGAUUUUUUAAUAAAAACUCAAAAUUCGGAAAACGUGGGUGAAUCGGGCCAGCCGCGAGCCCACGCCUCACCUCAUGUGGCACUUGCGGGGGAGCUCCGCUACCACCGCAGCGGCGCUACAUAAAUCCGUCGCCCACCUGCGUCUCCUCCUCGCAGUCUCCGCUUGGUCUGGACCUGGACCGCUCCUCCCCGCCGCCGCCGCCGCCGCGGCCCUCGCGGCAGUCUCUACUCGCCGAGGAGGCCCGGGCCCUAGCGCGAGGGCCGUCGCGGCCAGCGCGAUGCCUUCUUCUUCUCCGUCCACCUCGCCGCCUUCCGCCAAGGGGACGACCGCUGCUGCGGCUCCGGCUGGGUUCCACCUCACCGAGCCCUCGUUCCUCGAGUCGCUGAUGCCGAAGAAGGAGAUCGGCGUCGACCGCUUCCUCGCCGCGCACCCCGAGUACGACGGCCGCGGCGCGCUCAUCGCGAUCUUCGAUUCUGGAGUUGAUCCGGCUGCAGCUGGUUUGCAGACUACUUCAGAUGGGAAGCCCAAAAUCCUUGACAUUCUUGACUGCACGGGUAGUGGUGAUGUUGACACGUCCAAAGUGGUGAAAGCUGAUGAUGAUGGUUCUAUUGUUGGUGCUUCAGGUACUCGUCUGAUUAUAAACCCCUCAUGGAAAAACCCUUCUCAAGAGUGGCAUGUUGGCUAUAAAUUAGUUUAUGAACUCUUCACGGAUUCACUUACCUCCCGUUUGAAGAAAGAAAGAAAGAAGAAAUGGGAUGAGGAAAACCAAGAAGCAAUAUCUGAGGCAUUGAAACAGCUGAAUGAAUUCGAAAAGAAACACCGUAAAUCUGAUGAUGCCAAACUAAAAAUGGCUCAUGAAGACCUACAAAACAGGCUCGAUUACCUGAGGAAACAAGCAGAAGGUUAUGAUGACAGGGGGCCAGUAAUUGAUGUUGUUGCAUGGCACGAUGGUGAUGUCUGGAGGGUUGCUGUUGAUACCCAGGGCCUUGAGAGCAACCAAAAUUGUGGAAAACUUGCAGAUUUUGUUCCAUUGACAAACUACAGACUUGAGCGGAAGUUUGGGAUUUUUAGCAAAUUAGAUGCUUGCUCUUUUGUAGCAAACAUUUACGAUGAUGGAAACCUUGUUAGUAUAGUAACUGAUUGUUCUCCUCAUGCUACCCAUGUUGCGGGCAUUGCAGCUGCUUUUCAUCCUGAUGAACCUUUGCUCAAUGGAGUUGCACCUGGAGCACAACUGAUUUCCUGCAAGAUUGGUGAUACUCGUUUAGGAUCAAUGGAGACAGGGACAGGCCUGGUUAGGGCCUUGAUAGCUGCAGUAGAGCACAAAUGUGAUCUGAUUAACAUGAGCUAUGGUGAGGCUACUCUUCUUCCUGACUAUGGCAGAUUUAUUGAUCUUGCUAGUGAGGUUGUAGACAAGCAUCGCAUUAUAUUUAUUAGUAGUGCUGGAAACAAUGGUCCCGCUUUAAACACUGUCGGUGCUCCUGGUGGUACUAGCUCUAGCAUUAUUGGUGUUGGUGCUUAUGUCUCACCAGCUAUGGCUGCUGGAGCUCACUGUGUUGUACAAGCACCAGCUGAGGGGAUGGAAUACACAUGGUCUAGCCGAGGCCCUGCUGCUGAUGGGGAUCUCGGUGUCUCCAUUAGUGCACCUGGUGGAGCAGUGGCUCCUGUACCAACAUGGACGCUUCAGUCUCGCAUGCUCAUGAAUGGUACUUCCAUGUCAUCUCCUUCUGCCUGUGGUGGGGUUGCUCUGCUUGUUAGUGCCAUGAAGGCCGAAGGCAUUCCAUUAAGCCCGUAUAUUGUGAGGAAGGCAAUUGAGAAUACAGCUGCAUCAAUAAGUGAUGUGCCUGAGGAGAAACUAACUACAGGGCAUGGGCUUUUGCAAGUUGAUAGGGCUUUUGAAUAUGCUCAGCAGGCUAAGGAGUUGCCGCCUGUUUCUUAUAGAAUAUCAAUCAAUCAAGUGGGGAAGUCAAUUCCUAAACUUAGAGGAAUAUAUCUACGUGGGAGUAACACAUGCCAGCAAACAAGUGAGUGGACUGUUCAACUAGACCCAAAAUUUCAUGAGGAUGCCAGUAAUAUGGAGCAAUUGGUUCCAUUUGAGGAGUGCCUGCAGCUGCAUUCCACUGAUAGCUCUGUUGUUAAAAUUCCUGAGUAUAUAAUGGUGACAAACAAUGGGCGCAGUUUCAACAUUGUUGUAAAUCCUGUUAAUAUCAGCAGUGGCCUUCACUAUUAUGAAGUUUAUGGUAUAGAUUGCAAAGCACCAUGGCGUGGACCGAUUUUCCGUGUUCCAAUCACUGUAAUAAAGCCUAUUGCUCUAUUAGGAGAGCCACCUGCAUUGACACUUUCAAAUCUUUCCUUUAAGUCAGGUCACAUUGAAAGAAGGUUCAUAAAUGUGCCAAUUGGAGCUUCAUGGGUAGAAGUUACAAUGCGUACAUCAGCCUUUGAUACUCCUAGGAGGUUCUUUUUGGACGCUGUUCAAAUCUGUCCACUGAAGCGACCUAUUAAAUGGGAGGCUGUUGUCACUUUCUCUUCACCUUCUCUCAAGAAUUUCAGUUUUCCUGUAGAUGGUGGCUUAACUUUGGAGUUGUCCAUAGCCCAGUUCUGGUCUAGCGGAAUUGCUAGUCAUGAACCGACCUGCGUUGAUUUCGAGAUUGUGUUUCAUGGAAUAUCCAUCGAUCAGAGAGUAAUUGGCCUUGAUGGUAGUGAGGCACCUGUCCGCAUAGUUGCUAGAUCUCUAUUAGCAUCAGAGAGGCUUGUUCCUGUCGCCACUCUGAAUAAGGUGAAGACCCCUUAUCGACCAGUGGAGUGUAAUCUUUGUUCACUGCCUACGAGCCGUGAUAGAUUACCAUCUGGCAAGCAAAUCAUUGCACUAACUCUAACUUACAAAUUCAAACUAGAGGAUGGUGCUGAAAUAAAGCCUCAUGUGCCCCUACUUAACAACAGAAUAUAUGAUAACAAGUUUGAGUCUCAGUUCUACAGAAUAUCAGAUUCAAACAAGUGUGUAUACUCUAGUGGUGAUGUUUAUCCUGAUUAUGUCAAACUUUCAAAAGGUGAAUACACACUGCAAUUGUACAUAAGGCAUGACAAUGUGCAGUUAUUGGAGAAAAUGAAGCAGUUGGUUAUAUUUAUUGAGAGGAAGCUAGAGAAAAAGGAUUGCAUUCAAUUGAGUUUCUACUCUGAACCUGAUGGCCCUGUAGUUGGAAAUGGCACCUUCAAAUCCUCUGUUUUAGUCCCAGGAGAACCAGAAGCAUUUUAUGUGGGUCCACCAUCUGGAGAAAAACUUCCGAAGAAUGUUCUACCUGGGUCUCUUUUGGCUGGGUCAAUAACCUAUGGUGCCGUAAGCUCUUUCAACAAGAAAGAUGACCAAACCCAGCAUGCUCCAGCAUCUUACUGUAUCUCGUAUCUCAUUCCACCAUCAAAGGUUGAUAAUGAUAAAGAAAAGGGUGUUUCAGCUGGAAGAAAGAGUAUUUCAGAGAGAUUGGACGAGGAGGUUCGGGACACCAAGAUAAAGUUUCUUUCUGGAUUUAAUCAAGAAACCGAGGAUGACAAGUCUUCCUGGAUGGAGCUUGUUGCUUCUCUUAAGGCAGAGUAUCCAAAAUAUACACCUUUGCUUGCCAAAAUUUUGGAAUGCAUUGUUCAGAAAGCAACAGAUGAUAAAAUUAGCCAUCAAAAAGAGAUUAUUGCUGCAGCUGAUGAGGUUGUGGACAGUAUUGAUAAAGAGGAUCUGGCAAAGUCUUUGUCCCUUAAACCAGAUCCUGAAGAUGAUGAGGCGCAGAAAAAUAAGAAAAACAUGGAAGAAACACGAGACCAGUUGGCUGAUGCACUAUACCAAAAGGGUCUUGCAUUGGCAGAGAUUGAGUCACUAAAGACUGAUGAGUCAACUGAGGCAUCUGCUAAAGAUGAUUUUGAAGAGACUUACAAAGAAUUGAUCAAAUGGGUUGAUGCCAAAUCUACAAAAUACGGUUCUUUAACUGUCCUGAGGGAGAGGCGCUGUGGAAGACUUGGCACUGCAUUGAAGGUUCUGAAUGACAUGAUUCAAGAUGACUCCGAGCAAGCAAAGAAAAAACUUUACGAUUUGAAGAUCCAGUUGGUUGAGGAGAUAGGAUGGGCCCAUGUAUCAGCUUACGAGAAGCAGUGGAUGCAUGUCCGAUUUCCCCCAUCUUUGCCUCCGUUUUAAUUAUUAGGAGUAUCUUUCACUCAUUUCUCAGCACCAAUAGAUUCAAUAUUAUGUCAUUGUUGGUAUCAACUUGCUGGUUUGGUAGCCUUUCACGACGAUUUUUCUUUUCAAAUGGUAAUAAGAAGGCCAUCCUCUACCUCUAGCUCAACUUUCUGAUAUGUGCAAUCUUGGCUCCUAUUCCAAUUCCUCGUUUCAAAUGAUUGAGGACAUCAGUUAUCAAUUGUCCUGCGUGAACUUACUGUC